UUGUUUUGAAGCGUUUGAAGUUAGAGGGAUCUCGCUGUCUGGUAAUCUGUCUUUGCCCUGGUGGUGGUAAUUAGAAAGUUGAGAAUUUAGCGAUGGGACCUGGAGGACCGGGAGGCCCUGGCGGCUGGGGCCCUGAACCUGGGGGUCCUGGUCCUGGUCCUGGUCCUGGUUGGGGACCAGGGUUGGGUGUAAGUCCCGGAGGUCCGUUCGGUCCGUGGGGUCCUGGAGGUCCUUGGGGUCCUGUAUUUGGUGGCCCUUUGGGCGGCUUUGCUAAUGGUUUAGCCAACAUGAUAUCUUCCUGCUUCUAUUCUCUCUGCUGCUGUUGGCUGCUACAAGACUGCUUUGGUGGACCUGGCGGCCCUGGCGGUCCUCCCCAACCCUUCUGAGCCUGCUGAUCUUAGGUCAUUUCAUUUUUGUGCCUCAUCAUAAAAACUCUUGAAAUCUGCUGUUGUUUUCUUUCUUGAUCUUGACUUUACCGUUUUCAAUAAGCAACUCAUACCACCGUGGUAAGUUCUGGUACUAAAACCAAGUGUAUGGCAUUUGAUCAUUUGUACAUAGACGCUAUGGUAUUGCUGAUGAACUUGAUUUCCAUCUCUGCCUUCUAGGACCAUCUCUUGAUCAAUUGUGAAUUUUUUAUUUUUUUGAUGAUUGUAUCACUUCGGUCCAGGGGUGCAUUUCCAAUCGCUAGAUCUUCCUGUCACAGGCCCUGAGCGCAUUAUCUUUAAGGUUUAGGCCAGCAUGAAGCAUGCAUUACCAUACUUGGUACCUGAUGCAAGUGAUGUCCAAAAUUUUCCAGGUACUGCAAGCGAGGGAAUGAUCACAAAAUACACAACUCAAAAUGGAAAAUCAAAGUAAAAUCUUGUUGCCAAUAACGGAAAUGAUCUAGUAAUAAUCUCCUUCCAACAGUAAUAACAGGUCCUGAAUUUUGAGUUGUAGGCAUCCAUGUUAGUGUGAGUUUUGAGUAUCUGCAUAUCUCAGCUUGCAGGAUAGGAGUUAAAAGUCGGGAUAAUUGUAUAUACAUCCUUCAUACUCAGUCGAAAAGCUUACAGAACAUCAUUCAAUCAUCUAACAGUAGUUGCAGGAUAAAAUAGUUCUACUCCCCAUCUAUGGAGAAACUUACCAACUUCUGAAAUUUUCAGUAC